AUGCAUUACCAUAAAGUGUUGGCUGGUGACUACGAUAGCUACAAAUAUCUCGUCGAGAGUAUCCGAAAAUUCCCUACUCAGGAAGACUUUGCUGCAAUGAUUCGUUUCACUGGUUUUGACAUGGUGUGUUACGAAAAUUUGUCCUGUGGUAUAUGUGCAAUUCACAAAGGAACGAAACCUCUCAGGACAGCUAAGCAGAUGCCGUACUUUAUGGCGGCGGCUCCACCAAUCAGAAUACUGUUUGCAAUUCCACGGCGGAUGCUGUCGCUGACAUCGAACCGGAAUGUUAGGUUCCGUUCCAGCAAUCCCGGGCACACAAUAAAAGCAAUUGGCAGACUCGUGGAUCCAAUCGAAUCUGACACUUUAUACGAUCCAGGACAGCUUUUUAUUCACAAAACAUUCGCGUACAAAGGAGUUGUAGUAUGUGCUUUCAAAUGCAGAUUCCAGGAGAAGAAAAGCAAUUCUAGUGACCGAUCCAUCUCGCAAGGUAGAUACUACCAAGUUCUCAUCGACAGAGGUGAUUGGGGACACAUGGGAUUUCCUGUGGAUUUGACUUCAUAUUUAAUGGAUGGUACCACACGUGGAGAAAAGCUUCUCACUCUAAUUAACGGUAUGGAUUGUGUAUCACACUAUGACAUUCUUCCAUUCGCUACGUCCGAACGAGACCCUCUUGAUCAUGAUUUGUUCCACAGAAUAUUCGACGUUACUGAAGAGGGAAAAGAAUUCAAGAUUACCAUGAAAGCGAAUCUCUUUGAGAAUUACAUGGCUUCGCAACGGUCA